AAAGUUUUUAAAUAAUUUGCAAUUUUCCCACAUUCUGUAAAAAAGUCUUCUUCAAAAUCAAAGUCUUAUCUCUUUUUCUCUGUCUUCAAAGCCAACUACAAAAAGCAACAGAAUUUCAACUUCUUGUUCCAAUCCUCAUCACAUUUUUCACUCAAACAAACAAAGAAUCUUUCAACAAAAACCAAUUAUCACAAUAAUUACCAUAAAUCACAGAAAACAAAUCAACAAUAAUCGAAACAGAAACGAAAAAUUUCAUAGCCAUAAACCAAAAAAAUAAAACUAAAUAUUUCAAAAAAAACUCACCGGUUUUUCUCCUCCGUUGCCGGAAACACAGCGCCGUCGUCAUCCACCGCGUCCAUUUUAAGUGAAUUCAGAAGAAGAAAAGAUGUCGAGGUUUGCAUUCUUCAAUCGAUCAAAUACAAUUCACGCGUCUUCAUCGGAAGAAUCUCAGAAACCUUUCAACGAAAUUCUGGACCGGUCCGGUUCGCUGAGCCGAUUCUACGGUUCAGUAGAAUCAAUGAAAUCGUCGAUUCGUGGAAGGAUGGUGAAGAAGCUCUGCAAUUUGUUCGAAUCAUCGCCGACGAAAUCGGAACCGCGUCCGGCUUCGAAAUUAGGUUCGGAACCGCGCGCGCCUUCGAGAUUAGGUUCGGAAUCGCGUUCCGCUUCGAAAUUAGGUUCGGAAUCGGGUUCUGGUGCGAAAUUGGGAUGGGAAUCCGGGAUGUUGUUCCGAUUGGAAGGUGGCGAGGAACGGAUUGUGGUGUAUUUGACGAGUUUGAGAGGAAUUCGGAGAACGUUUGAGGAUUGUAAUGCGGUGAAGAUGAUUCUGAAAGGGUUUAGGAUUUGGGUGGAUGAAAGAGAUGUUUCCAUGGAUCGUGCUUUUAGAAAGGAAUUGCAGUGUGUGAUGGGAGAGGAAAAUGUGUCACUACCUCAAGUCUUUAUUAGAGGAAAAUACAUUGGUGGUGCUGAUGUGAUCAAGCAUCUAUUUGAAAGUGGUGAUUUAAAAAGAAUGCUUGAAGGGUUUCCCAAGAUGAAGCCUGGUUUUGUUUGUGAGAGUUGCGGUGAUGCUAGGUUUGUGCCAUGUGAGAAUUGCAGUGGAAGUCGAAAAAUAUUCGACGAAGACGAAGGUUUAUUGAAGAGAUGCUUGGAAUGUAAUGAAAAUGGACUCACCAAGUGUCCUUCUUGCUCUUGUUAUUGAAUAACUUAGGUGAUUAUGAUAAUGGAGCGACGCGCCGGCGCCGGCGAUGAAGUUGCAGUUGCAGAUACGCUUCAAACUUUUAUAUUGAGAUGAAAUAAGAUUGCAAUGUUCUUGCAAGAGAAUUUAAAAUUGUUGAUAUUAUGACUAUAACUUAAACUUGAUGAUGAUGAUGAUGUUUUUGCACCUUGAACAUUGUUUUGUUUUGUUCAAGAGUGUUUUCUUUCUCACCAUUUAAAAUAAGAACAAAACUAGUUUCAUUAUUGAAACUUUCAUAAUGUGCAUUUUGUGCAUCUGUAAAUAUUUAGUGAUGUAUGAAUAUGUAAAUGUUUAGUUAAUGAUGAAUAUUCGUAUUCAUUAUCGAA